CCACAGGAUGGAAAUGCWGGGGAGGACACURAUGAAAUCAACACGAGGAGUUUGAAAGACUUCAUCUCUAAAAGGAAGUGGCAGCGUUCUUUGACAUCCAUCGGGUCUGUGCUCACUCUGAGGCCCAUCCCCGAGCUGCUCGAUGCUCCUCUCAGAGAGACGUCGGUUGCGGUGCCCCGCGAGCCGCAGGAGCACAGCAGCACCUCCCUGAGCAGCGGCUCCUCAUCGGAGUAUGAUGAGGCCGACUCUUGGGACUUUUUCCAGCACUGCAGCCAGACAGAGGAGGAGGAGGAUACAGAAGAAGAGUAUGACCCCUUAACAGAGAGGGCACAGAUCUUGCAGCCGUAUCCUAAAUGCCUCCUAAGUUUACAAGAGGAGGAGGUAGGGGCUUUUGGGGAGGAUGAGGAUGGAGAAAUGGGAGAACGAAGGAGUGUUACCGAGCGCAGCAUGAGCAGAGCAUCGAUUGYGUCAUCAACAACAACAACAGGCCAACAGACACCUCAGAGGGAACGACGCUUCAGCAAGGAUAGCAACCGAUCUCUGUACCUCUCUGACGGCGACGAGGGUUCAGGAAGUGACGGAGGCCGCAUUCCCAGAGGAAGCGUCAUCCGAAGCACUUUCUACAACAGCUCUCAACAGCUUUCCCCUCUGUCUGCGAGACACAUGACUUUGAGGGACAAAUUCCAGGCGAAAAAGCAGGAAAGAGGCCGUAAGCCUCUCAGGAGGAGCUUCUCGGGGCGGCUCAAUGAGCCUCUGAUUGAAUACGUGGAGGAUGAACCCGAGAGCAACCGUGGGCAGAGACGAGGAUCCAUACAGCCCAGCAUGCAGAAGUCCUCUUCGUUUGAUGAUGGGGUGGGCUUCUCCCACACCAACGUACAGCCACACAGACGGAGCAGGUCUCUUGACGAGUAUUCCCGUCGAUCUCCCAGCUCAGCCAGCCAUGAAAGCGCACACGAAGAAGAGGCCUCUCACAGCAUGAAGAAAGAAAUCACAGAUGGCGAAGCAGCUGGGAGAAACUCACUAAUUUUCCAGAAAGCUCCGAAAGUCUCAGGACAAAGAGGCUCAGUCACUCUGACGCAAGGGGUAUUUAGUGGAUCAUCUGUUCCAUCAGAGUUCCUUGCUGGAGGCAGAAUGAGAUCCAGGCUGGGUCAGGACCAGACUGAGGGAGACACUCUGACCAGCUCCCAGGGAUCUCUGGCUGAGUCUUUCAUUCUGGAGCAUGGUGGAUCUGAGUCUUCAAGUAGAAUAGGCUCCUUUGAUGAGCUCAGUCAUGGUCAUGUUGGAAGGAGAUACCGAUCAGGAGGGAGUGAUGAAAAUGAUGAACACAGUGAACCCCUGAUUACACCCUCCCCUACCCCAUUUCAGGAAAUAAAACCUCGAAGUUCCCGUCCUCAGCCUCCACCACGUAAUCGGACCCGGUCCAAUCCCAACUUGUCUACAAUUAGCAAAGGUCAGCCAGAGAGGCCCUCAAUGCCGAGCCCCAGUCCAAGCCUCUGCUCUCUAGGAACUCCUGAGAGGCCUCCCAGAGCCCGGGACAAGAAAGAGGGCGCCAUGCUCCAAAGGCAUGCAUCUGCUCCGGCUCUGGAAGCGCGCCCACCGACUGGAAAGUCCCCCAAACUGGGUCUCCUGAGGAUCUUCCGCAGGCAGUCCUGGACCGGCCACUCAUACACCCAGCUGGAGAACACGGAGCUGGGGCCCACACUGGGAGAAAUCAUGAAGCCCGAUACGCCCACUAUGUCUCUGAGGAAGAAGAUGAGAGCUUCAGCCUCCAGUCUGACCAAACUGUUUUCCAGGUCCUCCAGUAAGGAAGACGUCAGUAAAGGAGGGCCAAUAGUAAAAGGAUCCGCUGCCAUCCCAGCUGAGAGGGAACAGAGCAGUGGUCUCGAGACCCCCAAAAAGAGAAGCUCAAAGCUCCUCUCAUCUUUUAAAAUACCACCAUUCAAAAAGAUAAAAGUUCGUCCCAGCAAAGCAGAGGUGCUCCAGCUAGAUGGAGGCGGAGUCCUGCUGGUGUGGAGGCCUGUCCAGUCCGAUGACCCGGUCACUUACUGUGUGCAGUAUUGUUCAGAUGGUGGCGAGUGGACAGUCCUGUCAGAUGAGGUGGCAGACAGCUGCUACGUAGUGAAGGACUUACCGAAAGGGGCGUCGUAUGUGUUCAGGGUGGGCUGCGUCACCAGRACAGGAGCAGGACCUUUCAGUGAAGCUUCAGCUGCCAUUGUCAUGUCCACUCAUCCUGAAGAUAUCCGCAUUCCUCUCAUUCAGACUGACUCAAUYGGGUCAAAAGUACCUGGAUCAGAACAUCRAACCGUAAACAGGAACUACAGCUUCCUGUCUGAGAUCAACAGGGGUCGUUUCAGUGUCAUAAACCUGUGCAGGGAUGUGGAAACCAGUCAGGUAUUCGCCGCUAAGAUCACUCCCUACCAGGCCGAGCAAAGACAGCUGGUGCUGCGGGAGUACCAGCUGCUCAGGAGGCUGCACCACCCCCACCUGGUUCAGCUGUACGCUGCUUUCAUCACCCCUCUGUAUGUGCUGCUGGUGGAGGAGCUGUGUCCCGGCAAGGAGCUGCUGCACAGUCUGGCUGCAAGAGACCUGUAUGCAGAGAGUAAUGUGGCCGAGCUGCUCCAUCAGAUUGUCAGUGCAGCGGACUACCUCCACAGCCGCCGGGUCAUCCACCUGGACCUGAAGUCUGACAACAUGCUGGUGGACGAUGGCAACCACCUGAAGAUCAUCGACUUUGGCUCAGCUCAGUCCUUCGUACCCGGACAGCCUCUCAACAUCGAGCACAUUCACGGCUUCUCAGACAGCAAAGACUGCUGCAGAAAAGUCUAUAUUGUCCUUCCUAAAGCUCCAGAAAUCCUGGAGGGUCAGGAUCUCUUCAGGUUUGAGGAAAUAUUUAAGAAAAUUAAAGACAUUCACAGAUAG